CCUCUUCUCCGCCACUCCCCGUCUUCCAACGCGUAGUCGGAGGUAUUCUUGGGCGAAUCUUGGACUCGACUGCUUGCCAUCUCUUGUGUUGUACACGCCACCAGCUGCGCAUCGGCCCACGCGCCCAUCGCUCGCUCGCACGAUACCGAGAUCCAGCUGAAACCGCAUCGCAUUCACUCUAUACGAUCCCGCACUUGGCAUUCAACGUCUUGGCCGUUUCCCCCUCCUCCACCCAUCUCACCACCUCCAUCCAACCUUGAUGCAAGCUUCACCAGACGCGUCGAAUGCAGAGCGGCUUGACCAGCCCUCGACGGCCUGAAUGCAUCGCAGAAACAGCCGCCCCCAGUCGCUCGAACGUUUCCUUUCCGCCGAGACCUUCGAUCAGCGGCUAAUGGACCGCUGAUUUCAACCGUCCUGUACAGCCGCCAGACACUGCAUCACCUGGAAGAGGCAGAAAAGACAUACAACCAAGAUGGCGUGGGACCACUUGUCCGUCAACAAGCCCCACCUGGUGUAUAUCAUCUUGGGAGGAUUCACGAGCUUGUUCAUGCUGUGCUCGUCCGUCAUCAAGGAACGAUUGUACAUUGGAGAAGCCACCGUCGCCACCUUGUGCGGCGUCAUCUUCGGCCCGCAUGCAGCGAACCUCAUCAACCCCAACUCAUGGGGCAACGUCGACCAAAUCACCCUCGAAUUCUCCCGCAUUGUCCUCGUCGUACAAUGUUUCGCCGUCGGAGUCGAAUUGCCCAAAUACUACAUGGAGAAGCACUGGCGCUCCGUCGUCUUCCUUCUCGUCCCCGUCAUGACCUUUGGCUGGCUGAUCACCAGCCUCUUCAUUUGGGGCAUGUUUUACCAACACGCCAAUUGGCUGGACAGCCUCUGCCUCGCUGCCUGCGUCACUGCCACCGAUCCCGUCCUGGCUUCUUCCGUCGUCGGCAAGGGCAAAUUCGCAAAGCGCGUGCCCAAACAUCUCCGCGACAUCCUUUCCGCCGAAUCAGGAUGUAACGACGGUAUGGCUUUCCCCUUCAUCUACCUCGCUCUGUACAUCAUCAAGUACAAGCAUGAGCCGAACCAGGUCGCGCUUCACUGGUUUUGCAUCACCAUCCUGUACGAAUGUGUCUUUGGUGCCAUCUACGGCGUCACAAUCGGGUACAUUGCGCGUCGGCUGAUCAGGGCUGCGCACGAGCGGGAUUACAUCGACCGAGAAUCCUUCCUCGUUUUCUACUUCACCCUCGCUCUCUUUUGCGCCGGCUCCGGCUCCCUACUCGGCAUGGACGAUCUACUCAUCGGAUUCGCGUGCGGCGUAGGCUUCAGUAACGAUGGGUGGUUCAGUGAGAAGACCGAAGAAACCCACGUGUCGAACGUCAUCGACUUGUUACUCAAUUUGGCCUUCUUUGUUUACUUCGGCACCAUCAUUCCGUGGGACAUGUACAAUUCUGGGGUCUUUGGCCUGGAUGUUUGGAGACUGGUCGUCAUUGCCUUCCUGGUCGUCUUCUUCCGUAGAAUACCCGCGAUGUUGGCACUGAAACCCCUCAUCCCGGACGUCAAAACGUGGCGAGAGGCACUCUUUGCGGGUCACUUUGGACCUAUUGGCGUCGGAGCGAUUUUCGUGGCGAUUCUGGCAAGGGCUGAUCUAGAAGACGGACCCCACGGAGGAUCCGUACCGCUGAGAGUCGUCCCGGAUUUUUCUUUCCCGCAUGACAAUGUGAUCGUCCUGAUUUGGCCCAUCACGACCUUCCUAGUCAUCACUUCCAUCCUGGUGCAUGGAUCUUCGAUCGCAGUCUUCACCCUCGGCAAGCACAUCAACACCCUCGCCCUGACCAUGUCGUACUCCCGGGCGACCGAAGAACCUCACUGGAUGGAUCGGUUGCCUCGCAUCCAGUCCCGCUCGAAGAGCAGCAUGUCUCUUCAGCGCUCCGACUCGUCUAUAGACAACGAAAAGGGAUUGUCGAGCAACAAUUUACUGCCUCUCGCCGCUGCGGGCAACUUUCUUCGCCGGCAGAAGGAGAGCGACAACCCGAGUCGCUCGUCUAGUAGACAUCGCAGCUCGAAGAGCAGAGACCGUUCGCGCGGUCAUGGUGGCCCUAUCAGCAGGUCGGCCAUCUCGCCCUUCCCCCGGCGACAGAGUGGAGAACAGGGGGAGAAGCAGGAGCGGAGUGAUUCCGACACUCUGGCUAUGAAGGGCGAGUCGUCUUCGAGCUCUGAAGAGAAGGACAAGCAAGUCGAUACGCCUCCCGACGAUGCCCAAGAUGGAGAGGCCAGCCCGGCGGAAGUUUUCGAAGAAGGCUCGCAUACCGUCUACGAAGACAAAGAUGGAGAGGUCUUGGAGGUGGAGUCGGAUCACGAGGAGAAUAAUGAGUUGGUGAGAGAAGCAUCGGAGAUUGACGAGAGCAAGCGAUUGGGCAGGGAAGAGUCGAAGCGUGAGGAGUCGAAAGGGGAAGACGAGGCAGAGCAUGCUCCUCGUAAGAAAUUCGAGCGAGACAAAGAUGCGAGCGAAGUCGAAACGAAGGGAGCGAAGAAGGACAAGAAGAAGAGUGAUCCUGAGUCGGGCGGGAAAGGCUGGCGCGAAGGCGCACUGGGUUUACUUGGUAAGCGCGGGGAAGAGCGAAAGGAGGCACAGAGAUCGGGGAGAAAGCAGUCGGAAUCUGGCAAACGCGAGAGCGCCCCAGCACGCGCUUACCAGUACGGCAACACGAUCAUUCUGGAGGACGAGGACGGCGAGGUCAUCAAGAAAAUCGACAUUCCUGCGCCGGAAGGGCAGCAAGGCCCCACGCACGGAAGCACUCGGAAGAAGCUGGAGGACAUCAGCAAGCGCUUCGGCUUUGGUGCGGUCAAGGAGGUCAAAACACAGGCUGGGGCGCCUGGCAUGUCGCAAGCGUCUGGCUCGACGGCUGCGCAGACGACCCAGCAGGUGAAGCGUGGCAACGACGAUGACGAGGAUCCCGAUGACCACCUUGUUCGAUUCACGACCGGUGGCCGACGCAUGAGCAAAGCCGAGCUCAUCGACUCCUUCCGCGACAUGGACCCCAGCAAGCGGAUGCAGGCCGUGGAGGGCAGCAACCUGCCCGAACUCGAGAAGCGGGAAGUGCGAAAGGCAGCGCGCGAGCACAACGCCCGCACCAAGUCACGGUCCGAUGUGCCUGUAGUCGAGGAAGAUCGCGAAGGAGAAGAAGAGGACGACGAGCGACCUUUCUACACGCUCGGCCGCACCAACACUGCGGACUCGGUGGCGCGACAGCAGUCGUUCCGCGGCGAGGUGCCGUGGCACGACAUCUCGCAGGAUGUGAGAAGACACCGGCACCGCGGGCGAGAAGGGGAGGAGACCGCGGCGGAGCGCAGACGUCGCCUCGCUUUGCAGCAUCGCAUGUAUGACGACGACUCCGACGACGACGGAACAGAGCGCGUGCCGCCCGCGCGACCUUCGCAGCCUUCACCCGAAGAAAACGAAACGGCGGCGGCGAAAAGAAGACGCCUUGGCGCGAUGGAACAACGGAGUCGAGCGAACGAUACGCAGGACGAUUACUUCACCUCGCAUCCGAGCACUGCUUCGCCGCAGGCUACGUCUCCAUCAAAUAAAGAGGCAAACACCGAGACGGCGGCGGAGAGGAGGCGACGUGAAGGCGCGCUGGGAUACAGUCGGGAGGACAGCGAUAGCGAGAGCGAGGAGGAAGAGGGCGAGGACGAGGCGCCACCGCUUCCUCAGCCUCCGCCGCACGCUCAUACGGCGCCGGAGCCGUCGAGGCCACGGCAGCGGACGUUGAGGUGGGCGAGCAAUAUUGCGCGCAAGGCGUGAGGUGGGCAAUUUGAUGUGGUUACAGUAUACAUGGUUUAUGUGGAGGUUCUGGUUGACUGGUUGUAGCGAGGCGUUGGGGGCCAUUUGCUGGGCUAUGAUUACACGAGUAUAUCGGCCGUUUGAUGAUUGUAUAGCUGCUUAGUGAUGAUACAUGAUAUUUACAUGCUGAGGGCUAUCAUUGAUGCAGUUGUCGGAGAGAGAGAGGCACUCCCGCCAACCACGCACGG